GCUACAGCAGCAGGGCCGGUCCCUUCCCAGAAGCUGCACGCACACCGGGAGGGGGACACAAACCCGUGCUACUCCCCGCCCUAUUGUAUACAGCUGAACCCAUGAUAUAGUCAGGGCUGCCCGAGUGAAAGCCGCGCUUCUCCCAGUCCCAGCAGCAGCCGGAGGCGAGAGCCAUGCGGGAAUACAAAGUAGUUGUCCUUGGAUCAGGCGGGGUGGGGAAGUCGGCUCUGACCGUGCAGUUCGUCACCGGAUCCUUCAUAGAGAAAUACGACCCCACCAUAGAGGACUUCUACCGGAAGGAGAUCGAGGUGGACUCGUCUCCCUCAGUGCUGGAGAUCCUGGACACGGCGGGCACCGAGCAGUUCGCCUCCAUGAGAGACUUGUACAUUAAGAACGGCCAGGGCUUCAUCCUCGUCUACAGCCUGGUCAACCAGCAGAGCUUCCAGGACAUCAAGCCCAUGCGCGACCAGAUCAUCCGCGUGAAACGGUACGAGAAAGUGCCCAUGAUUCUAGUGGGGAACAAAGUGGAUCUGGAAGGCGAGAGGGAAGUGUCCUACGGGGAAGGGAAAGCCCUGGCCGACGAAUGGAACUGCCCCUUCUUGGAAACUUCGGCCAAACAUAAAGGUUCCGUGGAUGAACUGUUUGCCGAGAUCGUGAGGCAGAUGAACUACUCGUCUCAGCCCAACGGGAACGAUCGCUGCUGCUCCUGUGUUAUAAUCUGAGCCCCGGUAUUCUACACCGACUCCCACUGCCCAGCGGCGGCGCCACAACUUCUCCAUUGGCAGCAGGGCGUGUGUCGCUCCCGGGGGAUCUGCUCAUCCUGUGGAUCACGUGAUACACUAUCUACAGGCGGGAGGGGGGCUCUGGAGGCCUUGUGCCUAAUCCAGGCAAAACACUGACAGUUUCUCCAUAAAGCUAAAGAAAAGGAGAAUGAGUGGCGACGCCUCAGCACUCACAGUUGCCCUGAUUGCAAACACAUUGGACAGAGCUACCCUUUGGGGUGCAGUUGGGGAGGUUUCCUGUUUUGGCCCCUGCUGUGUUUGGAUGGAGAAGGCCCAUCUUUGUACCUCUUGCCUGUUCUUGCAGCACCUGUAGCCCUGCCCAGAGGAACGCCUGAGAAUACAAGAAUAACCGGGGUGUAGCAUGGCAACACCAAAACUAUCCAACUCCUGGACUUUCAGCUACUUUCCAACUACAAUGCCCGGCGUGGGGUUGCUACGAGUUGCAGAGAAACCGCUACAGGGCCACAAGUUGGUGAGACCCACAGAGAAUGGGGCCUCAGAAAAGGUGCUCGAUCACGGGCCCCCACCUCCGACAAUCACAGGCCUGGAAAUGUGUGCAAGAGGAGACCCACUCCCUAAAUCAAGUUCUGGAAGGCUUCACGGAAUUAAUCCAAGGGAAUUGAGUUCCCCCUCACCCCACCCACAGACUUACAGUUCUCCUGCUGACUUUCAUUUUAGGUAUCUCUAUGCAAAGUUGGAUGAUUGUUACAGAGUAUCCAUUCAGAAGUUUUGCACAUCAAAAAUGAGAUAAAAGAUGCCAACGCAGCUUGGGGGGCCCCAAUGUGGUUCCCUGGCUGGUAUGUGUGUGUGUUUGAAAUCUAUUUUGUUUACCUGCUGUAUCAUAUGGGGAUCUGGGAAGAUUAUUAGUAUUUUUUUCUUAUCGGCUGUGAAAGUGUUACAGAUGUUUAUGUUUUUAUGUGUGCUGGCAAUAACUGAUUUUUGAUGCUUAGCUAUUUAAUAUACAGUGAAUUGACUUUAUUGUGAGCCAGGGUCAAUAGUGCCCUGUGUCCUUAGAGUGCCUUCAAAAUUCAGCUGUUCCAGUCGGUGCCAACCUGUGAAAAUCCCAUUAUCUUCUAUUCUGAAAGCUACUUAACAGUUUCCUCUCUGUAAUCACACUGAACAAGCGUGGACAAAGGAAUCUAUUGUCCCUGGAACCUAUUUCUGAGCCUGUUAAUGUUACUUCCAUGUCUUGCACAUUUUUGGAGGGGACGGUGAUUAACCUUUUCUGUGUCUAGCAGACCAUGCCAACAAGAAUGUAGACUGGCACAGGAAGGGGCUUUUAAGCAUUAUUUUUAGUAUGUGUUAUGCCCCUCUUUAUGUUCUUACAAUACCAGCAGUGUUGAACAUUGCAAAUCAGCCAGAGAUUACAAAUUGUGAUGUACCAAGACCGUUAACAUGUGUUAUUUUAUUUUCUGGGCAGGUUCCAAAAAAGCCUGGCCCUUCUGUUUUAAACUAAGUUCAAUACAAAACCUUUUGUGACA